AUGGCUAAUGCCCGAACCAUCAAACGCAUAGUUCCGCUACUCGUAAUAUGUGGCUUAGCAUAUAUCAAUUAUGCCGCGUGUUAUAUCGUUGGCCAUAACGAAUUGUACCGCCAUCAUCUGAGAGGCGCAGCCUUCGUCUUAUGGAUACUUUUGGGUAUACUAGAAGCAUCGUUGUUUCUCUACUGGGGAUUGAUUCUACUUCGUGGGCCAGCAAAAUGCCCCCAAAUACAACCUUUUGAUAUCCAUAAUACAGGCGAUCCUCUGCUUCUGCCUUUACCACUGAUCUUUGUAUGCGAUAAGCAGGGAUAUCCGUUUUGGUGUGGAACAUGUCAAAGUAUCAAGCCCAGCAGACUGUUUCACCUGAAUGAUACGACAUAUUGCUGCUUGCGCUUUGACCAUUACUGCCUUUGGAUCGGCUCUUCAAUCGGACGAGAUAAUCAAGUGCCGUUCAUCAAAUUCGUGUGCUUUUUUGACGCAUUUUUCAUUCUCAUUUUAGCAUGUGUUGCAUCCACCACCAGACUGGCAUUCAAAAGAUCGAAAAGCAACUUACCACACUAUAUCAUACUUUACGUUCUUUGCCUUUUCUGGAUCUUGAUGACUCUGAUUUUGCUUGUAAUGCAAUUGGUGUACAUCACCAAGAACUGGACUACGAUUGAUGAAAUCACCAUCAGACAGGCAGUGAAAUAUUCUCGAUGGGAAAGAAGAAUGCGUAAGAGGAAUUACAAGACGAACUUCUUUUCUCCUGCUCCGCCUAGAACAGAAUUGGGAAUUAGGUAUGUCAACGUUGCUCAUGAAGGACGAAGAGUGGUUGUUUCCUAUAGUACCAAAGAUCUUGCAUUUUCCCAAGGCUUUCAAAUAAAUCUCAUAAAUUUGAUGCUCAAUGGCAAUCGAAACGACAACCUUGUGGGAAGGGAAGAUAACGCUUCAGAAUUUGUGAAAGCAUUACUACUUUUACUCGUGCCGUAUGUGGAUAUUUUUAUGUGUAAACCACGAAUGACUCUACCUACAUACGACGAUUGCUCCGAUGAAUUCAGUCCCUUUUUCAUUGACAACAUCAAGUCAAAGAUUAAAGAACAAAAAUUUGAGUUGCCUCUGUAUGAUCAAACAACUAAAGCCCCAGAAGAACCCACAAUUGAAAAGCCGUCAACCUAA